AUGCCCAGCUUUGCAGACUCGUUCUGGUCGUCGGACUACGCGGCCGGUCUGGGGGUGGUGUUUGACCAGCUCGACAAGGGCUGUAACGAAAACGACGAGGUUCUGGCGCUUGUCAAUGCUCGAAUGGAGGCUGAAGAGGCCUAUGGAAACCGUCUCAAGGAGAUCCCGACGCAGUUUGGCGAGACCAAGAAGACUGGCGGGUUUUUUGCGUCCAAAAACGGAGCUCUGGACGAAGGAGCGUCUCUCAAAAAGGCCUAUGAGGGGGUGCUUCACGAGAUGGGAGAAGAGGGAAAGGCCCAUCUGACUAUCGCCUCUAACAUGCGAGAUAUGGUGCAUUUGCCCUUCUCCAAAUGGGCGGACGAACAUCGGCAACGUGUCCAGUACUCGUAUAAGGUGCUGCGAUCCAAGGUCAAGAGUUACGACAAGGAGUACGUGGAGGUACAGAGAGCCCAGAAACGGUACUUCAACAAGUGCCGGCUUUACGAGGAGCUCAAGGAAAGCAGUGGCGAGACGGUUACCCCGGCUACAAGCGCCUCUCCAGCUUCGAUCGACCGUCAGCGAUCAGCUUCCACUGCCUCUGACGCUACUACCAUUGUCAGCAAGCCCAGUAUCAACCACCAUUCGAGAGCAGAGUCGAUAACUGUUUCCGAUCCCUCACGUGAGCUGUCGGAUAUUGGAGGACAGGUCUUUUCUUCUGCUGAGCUUGGGAAUCUCAUGAAGAAAGCCCUUCAGGAUAUCAAACGUGCCGAUCUCAAGGUCGCGAUCCUGGGAACAUACGAAAACGUGUCUUCUGGCGAUCAGAUUGUGUCAUGGAUUCAACAGAACGUCCCCAUUCCUUCGGAUUCGUCAGCUGUGGCUUUUGCUGAGCGAUUUGGACAGGAUCUCGUGACCCAGGGCUAUUUGCGGCUGGUGGGCCAGGUUGGAUCCAAAUUCGCAAACUCGUCUGCCUUCAGCUACCAAUGGCGAAAGAAGGCUUUCAUCGUGGCUGGACUUCAGGACGAUGACGACUCUCUGGAGGCUACAGUCGACAAAGUACGUCCUUUUGUAGGCGAGUAUCUUGGAGAGACGCUCUCUUCAUACGUUUCUUCUCGAGGCGCUCCCACAGAUGAGUCUCCUAUUCAGCGCGCCCUUCGAGAGGUGUCUGAGCUGGAUUCUCGAUACAAAAUCCAGGUUGCUAAGCUUGACGAUGUGCGAUGUACCCUGGAGGAGUCCGUCAUUGACCACCUUAAGUUCAUGGAGCGAUGCGAGAGUGAUCGACUCAAGGCUGUCAAGGCUGUGUUCCUUGAUUUCCUUGCAGCUGCUUCUAACUCGCUUCCCGCUCUUCAGUCGUCUGUGGAACGACUGCUGCUCUUCCAGGAGGCUAUUCAUCCUGCCGCCGAUCUGCGGUUCCUUGUCGAGUCGUUCCGAACAGGUCCUUUCACUCCCAAGGUGACAGUCUACGACAACUACUACAACUCGUCCGAUUCGCAGACGACUUUCGGCCUGGACUUGGAACUGCGUUGUAGGGGAGACAGAAGGAAGGUGCCGUCCAUUGUAUCUACCGUUCUCAAUCAUAUGGACGACCAGUACCCUCUUUUGGACAAUGACGAAGUGCGUCUUAAUGUGUGGACUGUUUCUGUCAGUCUGAAGACAACUCAUGCCCUGAGAAAGGAAUUGAAUACAGGAAAACCAGUGGACAAGGCGAUUCUCAAAAAGUACGAGCUCCCCGUUGCUGCAUCCAUUCUCAAGCUGUAUCUUUUGGAGCUUCCCGAUUCAUUGGUUCCUCAUCAGUACUACGAUGUCGUCAAACGUCUGUAUUCUGCAGGCCCUGGAGGACAGCCUCCCAGCCCCGAAGAACGAAUCCAGUCGUUGCAGAACACCUUUGCACAGCUGUUGGUAUCGAACAUUGCCACUCUGGACGCUAUUACCACCCACCUGGCCCGUUUGAUCCGCCUUACUAACGCUGGAGACGAGUACAUUCUCCAGCUGUCUCAGGAACUGUCGCAUUGCUUCCUGCGACCUCGGGUGGAAUCUCCUGUUACGUUUGGAGACAGACACGCCUACAGACUAGUCAAUGACCUACUGGUGUACCGGGACCAGAUUUUUCCCGAGCUGAAGCGCAAAAACUCAGCUUUUCGAUCUUCCAACUCCAUCAGCAAGAAGUCCACAAAGUCCGAGUCACGUGAUUCGUCACGUGGAGGGGCAGUCCCGACCUUUUCCGACUCACCUGUUCGAAGACAGUCGCUUAAGAACAGACUGGAGGCUAUCACCAAGAGUGAGCAGGACGCCAAGGAGUCGGCGGCUAAUGCCGAGUCCAGUUCUGGUACUGAGUCUCCAGGUAAAGAUAUUCCCCCUCCUUUGCCUGACAAGCGUCCUCUGAAGGGUAAGGAUAAUGAAGGAGGUGCUCCCCCUGUGCCUGAGAAGGACGUCAAGGACGGAAAGGGUCCCAAGGGCAAGGUUGGCAAGAUGUACGACCAGGAAAAUAACACGGGUAGUUUCUCGUCCGUGUCUUCGUCGGCCAUGUUCAAUGUCCAGCUGGAGGACGGUAAGGAGUCCAUUGUUAUUGAUGAUUAG